AUGAGCCAGCUAAAGUUGCCACCGUAUCAAAGGCGGAAAAUAUCCUCCUCCAAACGACCGACGACGCUGAACGUUAGCGAGGGAAGCUGCUCAGGAGGUCAAGGUAAACGGUCUCCCGUCGGCUACGGAAUACAAAAUCCGGACGAAUGCCCAUCUCUGCCAGAAGGAUGUCUACCAUUGCACUGUCAAGUUGCUGGCCAUGCUUUCCGCAAAGGAACGGAUUCAUUGGGUAUGUUGAGUAGCGGUGAUGACGGUUCGGUGCUCAAACCGGUCGCCAAGUUAUUGGCAGGGACACGCGAAAUCAAAUUCUACGAACAGAUCGCACGUGCUACCGCAGAGUCAAAGGAACUGGUACGACUGCGCGAAAUAACGCCCCAGUAUCGAGGGCAACUUAAACUGCCGGUCGGUGGAGAGGUUAUCGAGUUCCUCAAGCUGGAGGAUCUCACCCAGGGCAUGCUGGAACCGUGCAUAAUGGAUUUGAAAAUUGGCCGACGUUCGUGGGACCCGAUGGCAACGGAGGAGAAGCGCCAGUACGAGGCGUCCAAGUACACCGACAGUAGGCAAGCGUACGGUUUCUGCAUACCCGGGUUUCAGGUGUACUCGCUGCAAACAGGACGACUGCAACGCUAUGGAAAGGAUUACGGCAAGCGAUUGACGGAGGUGACGCUUAAGGACGCGGUGAGACGGUUUCUGAACGCGGACGUUGGCCUAUGUCGGCAGCAGCUAGUACUGUUCCUUACGGACCUGUGGAAUAUCCAGAAUUGGGCCCGCUCGCAGACAACAUUCCGGCUGUAUGCCAGUUCGGUGCUGCUGGUAUAUGAUGCCCGUCGAUUGAAACCAGUGCUGCAACACGCAGGACGAAAGCUGCCCACUACACCGGUGUCCCCUGCGACAGGAAGCAACACACCGACCACGCCGACUUUCUCUACGACCACCAUCAAUGAGCUGGGAGAUGUGGAACCGCUGCAGCAUUACUUCCAGAUACAGAGGAGCCACUCGAGCAAUCACAACUAUGAAGAGGAAAUUAAAAUAAUGAAAGAAAACUACACUUUCAUGCUGGACAACCUGGUCGGUUCGUACGAAGAGAAGAUCUGGGCUAAGGCUCGCAUGAUCGACUUCGCUCACACGUUCCCCCUGCCAUCCUCGGAACCACCGUCGGUCGAUCGGAACUAUCUUGAGGGCAUCGACAACCUGGUGAAGUUGUUCGAGGAUCUGCUGAAGGAAUGCGAAAUACAAAACACUCCCAAGCAGGGCGUCGCUUAA